AUGCCUCAAGUCUGUAGUUGCGUGCUAUUGGUGCUGAGCCCGGAGACUCUGGAACGAACGCCGGCAACGCUUCAGAAUGCGAUUGGCGCCUCUGUUCGCAGAGCGGGGCCGUUCUCAAAGCAGUACGAAAACUUGGACCGGCUCAACAAUUUCGAUUGCUACAGAGUUGGGGAAGCCGCGACCAUUGGUCCCAAGGCACCUUUUGAGCGGACACUGGUCCAGCCGAACCGUCCACUGGGCUCAGGCCAAAAUGGUCUGCAAGUCUGCGUGCUCGUUGGCGCCAUCGGGCUAUGGGCGGCGGAGGUCACCAGGCUGGCCUUGCUCAAAAGGCGGACGGCAAUCGCGUCCUUCGCCAGCCUGCGGGCGCAUGCCAACAUGCUGCUGGAACUGCCGGCCAUGCGCGUCGACACGUCCGGCCGAGUCUGGCAGGCUUGGUCAUGGUGGCGGACAGACCAGGCAGACGCCAAAAGGACAGCGCGUCGGGUGGCCGAGUGGCGUAUGCGUGUUGCUUCGCUGAGCUCACACGGGGUCAGACAGACAUGGGCCCAAGAGAUCGACAAAGAAACAAGUCUCUGCCCUCGGUGCAAAAGCAAAAGGACGAUCAAAUAUUUUUUCGUGCUUGGCGACGAGGCAACUGCAGAAGAGAAGGAAAACCGUCACAUUCGUCUCGAAGACGAGGCCGUUGCAAAUGCAUCAGCGGACGAAAUAGCAAAUGGGACCAUGAAGGUUCGGAAAGCGGAUGAGGCGUCGUCAGACAUCAUCGCUUUGUCGAAGUGCAGCAGCGAUUACAUACGCUUGGCAGAGAAGGUUCGGAAAGCAGUUCUAUUUGCCACCAAACAUUACAGCUUCCGGCUGUUGUUGAAGACAGACACGGACUCCUGGAUAUUUCUGGAUACCUUGCUGGCGUUCGCAGAAGCCAACGAGCUGUUUACGAGGCGCUAUGUUCAUGCUGGCGAUAUGCGCAGAAGCGCCAAGCCGCAGAAGCCAAAAUCCGGUGGCAAAAACAUUGACGAGGUCUUUGUUACCAGGACCGGGCAGGACACGUACCCUAUCUUCAAUGCAGGUUGCGGCUACCUCCUGACCAGAGCUCUCUGCAAUUACAUUGCGAUUCUCACGGCGGAGGAUCCAGACCUGCCGGGUCUGUUCGAGCUGCCGCAGGAGGAUGUGGCAGUGGGUUUCUGGCUACAGGCUCUUCAGCACGACAAACUGAAGGCACCAGUGUCGCCCUUUGCGGAGGGCUGUCGAAAGAACGGCAGCCAGCGUACGAAGCUGAUUCUUGAUCAUUACGUUCCGCCUGGUGAGAUGCAGCGCAGAGCGAACAAUCUGCGCCAAUAUGGAAAUCCUUGCGGCAAAGGUCCAAACGUCUUGCCAUGA